AUGCGUCCGCUAGUGGUUACGUUCGCAGGUUUCUUGUUGAUUGCCGGCUCCGUGUGGGCUGAGGAUGAGGAGUUUUCCCACACCGAAACUGUGUUUGCCGUUACCCGCUGCCGAGCGGCCUGCCUUGAUGAGUUCAGCCAUAUCAUCCGUAACGAAGAGACUUGCAAAAAAGAAACUGAAUGUUUCAUGUGCUGGGAGACAUGCAAAAUGCUGAACGAGAACUACAAACUGUGGGGACCUAUGUGUGCAAUUAGAGAUAUUUGUAGCCCAGGAUGCGCCUUUGCUUGCAAAUCUAUUGAGUCAUAUUCAGAUUACGGAAAAUCCAAUCCUUCAGUUGUGAAUCUGAAAAGUGUAUAUGACCCUGAGCGCAACUAUGUAAACAUUGAAUGGAUCACUGAACAAGAUAUACAGAGCGAAGGAGCAAUUUUGUAUGUUUUGCUUCUUAAAGAUUCAAAUCAAUUUUGGCGUGUUAUAUCUCAGACAACAUCUCACAUUUUGAAAGUCAGAAAGGCUUACCUUGACCAAGACACCAUUAUUCGUUUGCUUGGUGUGAAUUCAACAGAAGUAGUCUCCGACACUGCAGUCUCCUUCUUGGAUAGUUUGUUGCUGGCACCUAUGGCUCCUGCUGCAUAUAUGCAAAGCAGCAACACCACAUGGAAGCCACACAUGCAAUCUAUUGAGCUCUUUGACUCAUUCAAUAAACUUCUCCAAGCAACCAUUAGCUGGCCAAAAAUGAAUGGUUUUGAACCUCUGAAAUACGAAGUUUUGUGGAACGUUAUUGACUCGUUGGACAUUACCGGUCAUUUAUACAUAACAACUAACACGGCUGUUAUUACGCUUUGGCAAGACUCUAUUUAUUCAAUUCAGGUUAAGUGCUUCUCUGCCUUCUCAGAAAAACUUAUAACUCAAAGUGAAUUUUUGAUAAUUGAUACUCAUUCUCAACAAUAUGCUGAAAGUUCAGCUUCUGUUUCACCAUGUUUCAAGGGCUCCACGUGCGUCUAA